UAGGCUCAGUGUGCAUACGUCAUCAGUGUCACGUGAAGGCGCGUAACAGUCUCUCACAUGUAGAAGUCACAGCAGCUGCAUGAGAGGGAGAUGAAACCUCAACUUGAGAGGACUGAGCCUAAACGGCAUGGAUCCUAAAGACGUUUACUGACAGGGCUGCUUAUAUAUUUCAUGAAAUACCAGGACACCUAGCUCACCCUGUAUAGCUCUUAUGUCAAAGAGAAUGACACGCGGGCUGCUUUAAUAAUACAACAUCAGCACGAGCGCGUGGAGGAGGCACCUGGGACUGGAGCUCUCUCACACACAGAGACGGGAUCGGCGCGCUGGACGUGAGGAAGACCUCAUCCCGAGCCUGAUUUCCUGCGGUCCCGGCCAUCUGUGUGGCUUCAAUUACACUGAAAUCCACUCACAAAAUGACCCAGCCGCAGACGACCAUGGAGCUGGAGCAGAGCUGCAGUAUAUCCAAAAAGAGCAUCAUUACCAAAAUGUUUAAAGUUCGCAAAAGGAGAGAGAUGCUGUUCGUGCAGGUGUGCUUCAUCUGCAGCGUCCUGUUCUUGGUGUGGUGUGUGUCGGCGUUGCUCACAAAAACAGGUCAUGGGCUGGUGCUUCAGGAGGGGUUUGCUGUUCCCAGAGAUCACCUGGGCCGAAGGCUUAUGGCCACAGAGGGAGACAAUGAGACAGAGAAGAACUGCACAGAACCAGCCAUCCACGAGUUCCCCGAGGAUAUAUUCACCAACAGACAGCGUACUCAAGGAGCUGUACUUCUACACAUAUUUGCGGCUCUAUAUAUGUUUCUGGCCCUUGCUAUUGUCUGUGAUGACUACUUUGUGACCUCUCUAGAGAAGAUCUGUGAGAAACUGCACCUGAGUGAAGAUGUAGCAGGAGCGACCUUCAUGGCAGCUGGAAGCUCCGCCCCCGAGCUGUUUGCCUCUAUAAUUGGUGUGUUCAUAACACAUGGAGAUGUGGGGGUGGGUACCAUAGUAGGCUCAGCCGUGUUCAACAUCCUGUGCAUCAUCGGCGUGUGUGGGAUAUUUGCGGGGCAGGUUGUUUUUCUCACCAAGUUUGCUGUGUUCAGAGACUCAAUCUACUACAUUUUAUCUGUGGUUGCCCUUAUUGCAUUUAUUUAUGAUGAAAAGAUUUUGUGGUGGGAGAGUCUGAUACUGAUUGUCAUGUAUGUUGGCUACAUUAUCAUCAUGAAGUUUAACACUAGCAUGCAGAACUACUUUUCGGGGAAGGAAGACAAGAGUGUCGCCAAUGGUAAUACGGUCAUCAGCGAGAUGGAGGAUGGUAAUACAUGUUAUGAUCAGUUUUGGGAUGAUCCAUCAUGGCCGUUACUCAGACCAGUAAAGCCCAGUAAAGAGUACACUAGGGGCUCUGUUGUGAUGGUGGACGAGAUGAUAAAUUCAAGCCCUCCGCAUUAUCGGUUCCCCGAGGCCGGCCUCAGGGUCAUGAUCACCAACCACUUUGGGCCCAAGACACGUCUGCGCAUGGCAAGCCGACUUAUCAUCAAUGAGCAGCAGCGGCUGGCAAAGAUGGCCAAUGGGGUGGAUGCAGUGUUGGUGGCUGAUAAGAAAGCUGACACCAUAGAAAAUGGCAACGUAGCGGAGGACAAACUCACUGAGGAGCCGGAGAGUGAGCUGUCAUCUCCCUUCGUCUUGCCUGGGGGCACAAAGGAUAAAGUGAAGUUUUUCAUUUCCUGGCCCAUUAUGGUAUUGCUGUUCUUCACGAUACCCAACUGUGCCAAACCACGGUGGGAGCGCUUCUUCAUGCUGUCCUUCUUCCUCUCUACGCUGUGGAUCGCCAUCUUCUCCUACUUCAUGGUGUGGAUGGUCACAAUCGCUGGAUACUCACUUGGAAUCCCAGAUGUCAUUAUGGGUAUAACUUUCCUGGCUGCUGGCACCAGUGUUCCCGACUGCAUAGCCAGUCUCAUUGUCGCACGACAAGGCCUGGGGGACAUGGCUGUCUCCAACACGAUUGGCAGUAACGUCUUUGAUAUCCUGGUUGGACUCGGCGUUCCCUGGGGCAUCCAGACAAUGGCUGUCAACUACGGCUCUGUGGUUAAAAUCAACAGUAAAGGACUGAUUUACUCCGUUGUUCUGCUGCUGGGUUCGGUGGCUUUAACUGUGCUGGGGAUCCAUGUGAACAAGUGGAGGUUGGACUUUAAGCUGGGCAUAUACGUGCUUGUUCUGUAUGCCAUCUUCCUCUGCUUUUCCGUCUUGAUCGAAUACAAUGUCUUCACUUUCGUCAACCUGCCCAUGUGCCUAGAAGGUGUCUAGGCUAGAUGAUUUCCAUGGGCUUUGAACCAAAAUACCUCCGGGAUAAACCUGCAACCAAAAUCACCAAUUAUUCUGCUGUUUCCUCUCUCUUUAAACUCCCUACUGUUGAAGAAAACCACUGUCUCCCGCUGCACAUUCAAACCACUGUGGCUCAGAUGGAAGAACUGCAUUUCUCAGAAUACCGUUGACUCGCAACUUUCUCCAUCAAUUCCAGGAAAUUAAAUUCUCUUUGGCAGCUCUCUUUAUAACUGGAUAUUCUUCCACUUCUGAACCUUGGACAAUCACAAUGCAGCCCGUAAAUGUCUUGUUCAGAGCAAAAGGA